CUGGGCUUGGCACAGCGACUUGGUCUGCAGCACCCAUGGAGCGAGCGGCUGCUCGGCUGCUGCGUGGCAGCGCGCUGCUAAGAAGAAACUUCCCAACUUGCCUGUCUUCUUGGAAAACUCCACCCCAUGUCCUAAAGUCUUCCCAGUCAGAAGCUCUCCUCAGUACAAUAAACCCUGGGCUGUUCUGUGCUCCCCUGCAGAUGUUUACAGAUGAGGAGAUGAUGAUAAAGGAUGCUGUUAAAAAAUUUGCCCAGGAACGGGUUGCUCCUCUGGUUUCAACCAUGGAUGAGAAUUCAAAAAUGGACAUAUCGAUAAUACAAGGACUGUUUCAACAGGGGCUGAUGGGUAUUGAAGUUGAAACAAAAUAUGGAGGAACAGGAGCUUCCUUUUUUUCCUCUAUCCUAGCGAUAGAGGAAUUAGCCAAAGUCGAUGCAUCUGUGGCCUUGGUAUGUGACAUCCAGAACACAGUAAUUAACAAUCUGAUUAGAAAAUAUGGAACAGAAGAACAAAAGGCUACCUAUUUGACCAAGCUUGCGACAGAACAAGUUGGAAGUAUCUGUCUUUCAGAGGCUGGAGCCGGUAGUGAUUUAUUUGCUUUGAAGACCAGAGCUGAUAAAAAGGGAAACUAUUACGUCAUCAAUGGGUCAAAGAUGUGGAUCAGCAAUUCUGAAUACGCAGGGAUCUUCCUGGUGAUGGCAAAUGUAAACCCUGACGUUGGAUAUAAAGGAAUUACCUGCUUCUUAGUAGAUCGGGACACUGAAGGCCUUCACAUAGGGAAAGCAGAAAACAAAAUGGGGAUUAGAGCUUCUUCCACGUGCCCAUUAACAUUUGAAAACGUCAAGGUUCCAGAAGCCAAUAUCCUGGGACAAAUUGGACAGGGCUAUAAGUAUGCCAUAGGGAGUCUUAAUGAAGGCAGAAUAGGAAUUGCUGCACAGAUGCUGGGACUGGCUCAAGGGUGCUUUGACUACACUAUUCCCUACAUGAAAGAAAGGAUGCAGUUUGGCAAAAGGAUAUUUGAUUUUCAGGGGCUCCAACACCAAGUGGCUCACGUUGCCACCCAGCUGGAAGCUGCGAGAUUGCUGACGUACAACACUGCCAGGCUUUUAGAAGCUGGAAAGCCAUUCAUAAAAGAAGCAUCGAUGGCCAAAUACUAUGCAUCAGAGGUGGCGGGCCUCACAACCAGUAAGUGUAUCGAGUGGAUGGGAGGAGUCGGCUACACCAAAGAUUACCCUGUGGAAAAAUACUUCCGAGAUGCGAAAGUCGGCACAAUAUAUGAAGGAGCUUCAAAUAUCCAGCUGAACACCAUCGCAAAGCACAUCGGUGCAGAAUACUGACAUCCGAGGGAGUGGGGCCUCUCCCCUGAUCACUGGUAGAACAUUCUAAACUAUUGUGCCUUGUUGGGGAAGUAAACCUCCACAGCAUCGAAGCAUUCUGUUUAAGUCCUUAGUCAUGAUGCUUGGGGUAGACCUUUGCUGUUUGAUCUGUUGUUCCAGGCUGCAUCACAGAGGCACAGGAAAUCAUUUUUCAAAUUUGGGAAGAAAGGCAUCCGUAUUUUUCCAGAACUAUUUUUAGAGUUGUGUACAUAUUAAUCAUUCCGCUUCAGGGCAGGCAGACGUUUCACUUUGUCAGCAUUUGGAAAAAUACAUUUGAAGUAUUACUUACAGACAUGGCUAUUUUAUAUUCCUGUUAAAUUUUUUUUAGAAUCAGUCAGAGAAGAUUUUGUCACAGUUGACAAUUCUAUAGAUCAAUUCUAAGUUUCUAAAGUAGGUAGCAACUGAAAAUGUGUUUAGAAAAAUCUAAAAAAAAAGUCAAAAAAAGAAAAAUCUGAAAGUUCUAGUUCUGAAUGUCUGGAAGCGGGUGGAAAAUAAGUGUAUGGUUCUAUAGAUCAUAUGACUGCAGACGUUAUUUUAAGAGAGUAAAGCAAUAUAAUUUAUUACUGUAAUUGACCUGCAUAAAGCAUGCAUUUCAUGAUGAUAUCAGCAGAUCAUUUUAAAAACAAGUCUCUCGGGGUACCUGGCUAGCUCAGUUGGUAGAGCAGCUCGUGACUCAUGAUCUCAGGGUUGUGAGUUGAAGCCCCGUGUUGGGCAUGGAGCCCAGUUAAAAAAAAAAAAAAAAAUUCCAAACAAGUCUCUCUAUUAGUUUUCAACCAUAAAGUUAAAAUAGUUUGGUAUUGGUAUUGUAAUCAAAACAUAUUCAAUAUUAUAAUAUUCAUUCUUAUUGUGCAUUAUUUUUCAAUGUCAUUUCUUUCUAUAUUUGAAUUGAAUAGUGUUUCCUCGAACUUAAUUAUUGGGCCUGAUCAUGAAUAGUAAUGCAGAAAUUAUGUUCUGGUUCAGUGAUACUCAAGAAGGAGAAACCUUGUUCCUGUAAAGAAGUAUAUCAGAAUCUUACAAGGAAUGAGAGAAGGGGCCUAUAGGGUUUGAUAAAACAUAUUUGGUGAUGUAAAAAAUAAUAUAAUAAUUUUAUAUCUGGGAAGGCAAAAAUCUAUUGUUUCACAGUACAGAUUAUAGAAAGGCAAAGUUCAACAAAAUACUGGCUAUGCCAUUUCUUCAGUAUUGGGGAUUCUCAAUCAGGAGAAGAGGACCCUGUCCCCCUCCCACCCAGGGUGCAUAUCCUAAGUCCCCUCCAGGAGGUAGACAUUAGAGUGGUUAGAGUUUUGUGUUUUCUGAAAAGGUGAUAUGGGUUAGAGAUGUUGAAAAAUGUUUCAAGGCUCAUAACCCCUCUGGGAAGCAUUUUAGUACAUAAAUGAGAGUAUUGUGUUUAUUAAGAAAACGACAUUUUUAGAGUAAUUUUGCUUGGCACAAUCAUGUUUCUUGAAUUGGCUUAAUUUCUAUAAUGCAAAACACAUUUAAAUAUUCAGAAUUGGUAAAUACAAUAGAGAGAGGGUUACUUUAAAAUAUCAGGAAGAAAUAAAGACAAAUUUAGACCUUGGAUCAAAAGAGAUAAAGUCUACUUGGCUUUCAAAUAGGAGAGGAUAGAAACUAAUUUAUUCAAUCUUUCCAAACAAAAAGACAGUAUGGUCUGAUAAGGAAAGUAGGGGAAUAGAUGAAAUGCCCUAAAACAGGACUGGACAUCUUUAAUUUCUAUGAUUAUAUUAAAAAGGGUGAACUUUACAAAUAAUGCUAUAGAAGCCAACAUUAGUAGAAAAAAAUCCCGACGGGCUCCUGUGCAGUCAUAAACGUGAGAAACUACAAUAUACGUCGUGUUCAAGUUAGCAGUGUUGGAGAAACUCCUGACUAGAUCCAGACCUUGAAUUUGUAUCUUGUCCUGAUAAAAUUCUAAUGGUGUGUAUAUAUUGUGCAUGUUCACAAAAUCCAGUUGAAAAUUAAUUGGGUAUUAUAUUAAUGUAUCUACCUUCUUUUGUUAAAGAAUCAUCAUGUUAUUUUACCUUCUCCCAAAGAGGAUGUCACGGGGUUUCCCCGUAGCUCUUCCCUUACGCAGGGCUUGAACUCAUAUCAAGACCUGAGCUGAGAUCAAGAGUUGGACCCGUGGGGUGCCUGGGUGUCUCAGUCAGUUGGGCAUCUGACUUUUGAUCUUGACUUGGGUCACGGUCUCAGGGUCCCGAGACCAGGCCGGCGGCAGCCUCAGCUCUCAGUGGAGGGUCUGCUGGAGAUUCUCUCCCUCUGCCCCUCCCCGUUUCUCUCUCUUUCUCUCUCUCUCAAAUAAAUAAAUCUUAAAAAAAAAAAAAAAAAACAGUUGGAUGCUUAACCCGCUGAGCCACCCAAACACCCCCUCCCUUAUAUCUUUUCUUAAUAACCAUGACUUUGGGGUCGGUAAACUGUCUGUCCCGAGUUAGUGUCUCGUGAGAAUGAACGUGUUCACCUCC